GGAAGCUCAACGAGUGACGACGUCGCAAUUGCUGUAGCUGGAGAAGAUACCGAUCCUGCUCAAGGAAAUAGAAACGACAAAAUCACAUUGCUCCAGUAAGGUAUCAUCUUAAUAUGCCUGACGAAACCUCUCAAACUCUCCGCCAACUCAAGAUUAAAACCGGUGUCGUCAAACGCCUCCACAAAGAAGAAUCCAGCUAUAUUCAGGAAGUCGAAGAUCAGCAGAAGGUCGUAGAGAAGCUCAAAGCGGAUGGUGCUGACGGUGCCGACAUACGGGCAGCUGAGCGGGUACUGAAAGAUUCAGAAAUGAUGGUACCUCGCACAAGAAGGUCAUUAGAGGAAGCCUUCCAAGCACUUGAAGAUCUAGUGAAUGCCCUUGGAUCGGAUGAAUCCAUCGCCGGUACUCAAGAAUUCAGAGAAGCUUUUAGUCAGCUGCAGCAAGUUGAGGUGGACUGGAAAACCGACGGGAACUAAAUUCUCUUUUCUUCCAAAGUCCUUCUCGUCAUCAAAUCCAUAUUAUAUAACGGUUCAUGUUUGGAUACCGAUAGUGCUCAUAUGAUAUGUGCGCAUAAACAUAGUCUAUUGCCUUCAAUAAUCGGCUGCGAUACCCGAGAGCUGUCAAGAAGCGGAGGAAACAAUUUUAAUGUCCAAAAGUAACCCAUCAAAAUGGCAUGAAGUUCAUCAUAAAAUC